UUUGUAGGAAUACUAAAGGCCCUUUUUAGGGCCACCAAUCUAUUCAAUUUGAAAGGGUUGUCACUGUUUUCGUAUGCUGUGUAUCACUGCGAAACUAAAAUUGAGCAGGUCUUUUGCUAAUGAAAGAUGAGUGGAGUCUUGAAACGGUUAGUCAAAAUGACAUGUUUUUAAUGACUUGCUUCUUUCUGUUUUCCAAUGCCACUAGAAAUUCUCUAGAGGAUAUUGAUUAUAUUUGAUAUUAAUUAACUAUCAAGUUAUAAAUUAGAACGAUUACCGAGGAAACUAACGGGAGUGGAGUGUUAUCACGACGUGCUGACGAGAAGUUAUUAGGCCUUUGGCACGUUUGUUUUUUAUUGCACUAUGAAGAUUUGGGUGAUUAAAACUAAUCACAACUAUAGAAUUUCUUCCGUAUUUCUCAUACUUGCUAUCUGCUUCCUGAUGGGGUUCUUAGACUAGAAUUCUCAUAUAAUGCCAGGAAGGGAGGUUCAUGGACCCCCACCCGGCUUACAAUGUGGUGGGAUUCAACCACACCAAGGAUCUCAUCAAAAUGUGCAGGGAAAAAAUUCAAAGUAACAAAUAGGCAUCCUGUGUCUUCUAAUGGUUUCUACAUAGGAAAGUCACUGGCAGUGGCCCACAUAAAGUAGUUUUUGCUUCUUUCCUUCCAACAAUGAUUCAUACCUGCAGGUUAAUUGAAUGGAGUACUGUGAGGGGAAUGCAAUUAUUUUGGCUUUCUUUUGAUUCUUAGUUAUCUUGUUUUCCUGAUGGCUAAGGAAUCAUCAUCCCACCUCUUGGUGUUCACCCUGGUGUAAUUCCAGCUCCUUGAGUAUGGACAGGUCCUGUGACUUGCUUCUAACCCGUAGAAUACAGCACAGACGGUAGCAUGUAAAUUAUUUUGUGUAUAUGAUCGUUUGCUAAGAUUGUAGCAUCUGUCUUUGACUCGCUCACCUGCUGGCUUGGAUGGUCCAAGUGUCCAUGUUGGAAGAAGCCCCUUUUAGGCGCCUGAGUGUACUUUUCAGGUUUGGGCACUGUGAACAAUUACAGAAAAACCACUUUUUUUAAAUGGGGACUAUAUCACCACAAAUACAUACUAUGUAUUUAUAUAAUUAAGCACGUGCAAAUCUAAACGUCGAUUGGGCCAUUUGUAGCAGUCUAAAAAUACAUAAAUGAGGGAUUUAAAAUCUUUUUAUUGGCUAGGAAAAACGAAAACUGCAGCAAAUCCAAUAGGUUGGUUUACACUACUUUGUUACUAUCAUUACAUUCACUAAGGAAAACUUUUCAUAAAACGUUCUUUUGUUUUGAAAAUGAAUGGAAACGCUCGCAUUUGGAGGAAAACCCCUAGUAAAGAAAUCCGGCUAUCAGGCCAAGUUCAUUUCUGAUUCCAUUGGUUUUGUCACAAGUUAUGCAGGAUACCUCGGGUUUCUCCCCCGAUAUGCUGAGGCAAUGUGGUAUUGUAAAUAAAUACGCUCAUAGGAUUCUCGAUCGCCGCGAUCUUCAUGUUUCCACAUUACAAACGUGUAACAAAAAUUGUUAUAAAAGCUUGAAAAUAUAUUGAUCUCUAAGGUUUCUGACUUCCUGCAAUGAAUAAAAUGGCUCCUGGAUUUUAUAAGCCAUUAGAUCGGGGCUGACAUUUUCCAGAGCAACGCAGGAAAAUGUACAAAAGCGUAAAAUUCUCCCAAAUAGGAGUCAGACCUGAUUUGAAAGAGCCAAGGAUUCCAAGACAGGAUUUUAGCUACCUGAACCCUGAAUGAUAUACAAAAUUCUCUAAGUUUAAACAGCAUACCCUAGAGCAUCUGUCUUUAGUUUAUUAAGCAUAUUCUGUAAAUCUAACGAAACCAAGUCAAGAAGAGGAUUUUUGUCUAUGGUUUUUUAAGAGAAAGAAAGGCAGUAAGACCCGAAUGAGAACGGGAGGGGAAGGGAGAGAGGAAAAUGGCGGCUGUUUUGAAAAGCGAAAGUAAAACAUUUUUCCCUUACAAGCACUUUCUAUUUUAUAUAUCCAAACAGGAUAAAAGUUCAAGGUUAUUAAAUUAAAGUGACUUGUGUUUAUGGGUCAUGUUUAUUUGUGUGAAGCAUUUUCAAAGAAAACUAAUUUAAAAAAAAAAUUUUAAUGGGCCGGGAGGGUAUUUACUAGUAGGUGAAAUUAACGAAUCAGACCCGCACACCGAAAGGAUAAACCAAUCGUAAAUUGCUCCAAGCACUUCCGGAUAUAGCAACCGAUGACUAACGAGAUUUGCCCACAAUCCAAUCGGAGUGAUUCUGUUCCUGUAUAAAUAGGGGCAAACGCGUUGGUCUCCACAGCCAAUUUAGAAAGAAAGAAAUGGCUCGCACCAAGCAGACCGCUCGCAAGUCCACCGGCGGUAAGGCGCCUCGGAAACAACUGGCCACCAAGGCGGCCCGCAAGAGCGCGCCGGCCACCGGCGGCGUGAAGAAGCCGCAUCGCUACCGGCCAGGCACCGUGGCGCUGCGCGAGAUCCGCCGCUACCAGAAGUCCACCGAGCUGCUGAUCCGCAAGCUGCCGUUCCAGCGGCUGGUUCGUGAGAUUGCGCAAGACUUCAAGACUGACCUGCGUUUCCAGAGCUCUGCUGUGAUGGCGCUGCAGGAGGCGUGCGAGGCCUACCUGGUGGGGCUCUUCGAGGACACCAAUCUGUGCGCCAUCCACGCCAAGCGUGUCACCAUCAUGCCCAAGGAUAUCCAGCUUGCUCGUCGCAUUCGUGGCGAGAGGGCGUAAGAUUCGGCUUUUCCGGGACUAAAUUUAACGCAAAGGCUCUUUUAAGAGCCACCCACUUCUUUCCCCAAGACCUUGAAAAUAGAAGCAGACUUGAAGCCUUUCAUAUACAGGGAGAAAAGAGAAAACCUACCUAUAAUCAUAAUGCGGUUCUUCCAUUUACUACCUUUAUGGCCACAGGUGGAUUAUUUACUCUCAGGAUUGAAAACGUGGAUGUCUUCAGGAAACUCCGUAACAGAUCUGGCUGAAUUCAACCCCCACUCUCCACCGCCAACUGUCAGUUGCAAGAUCUGCAGCAAGUCUUUGUAAUGUCAUUUGCCAAUUAGAUAUGUUAAUAGUACCUGUCUUGGGAACUGUCUAGGUAGUAAGAGGAUUCAGCAAAAUCUGUAAUUUAGUAUCUACCAGCAGGCCCUGAACUAAGGACUUUAUAGGAAUUAUUUUAUUUAGUUCUCACAAUAAUUCUAAGGGUUGGGGGUUGUUUUACUUUCCUAGGCUGCUCCAAGCAAGUAUCAUGAAAUGGGUUGGCUUAAACAAUGGGAAUUUAUUAGCUUACAAGCUUAGAGUUUCGAGGCCAUGAAAGUGUCCAAAUCAAGGUGUCAUCAAGGUGAUGCUGUCUUUUUGCCAGCAAUCCUCGGCUCCUCUGCCACAUGGCAAGGCACAUGGUGGUAUUGAUACCGAUAAAACAUGGGGCUCUCUACCUGAUGCAUAUCACAACCAAUCUAUGACCCUGGAGGUUCAAAGCAGAGAAAGAGUUUAUUGCAACGCGAAGUAAGGAGAACAGAUGGCCUAUCAGCAUAAAAUCUGUCUCCCCAAACUGCAGUAACUCUGAUAGUUUUAUAGUAUCAAAAGAUGAGUAUAAUGGCUCAAAAUAACAAAGUUAGAGAUGAUCCUAAUUAUUAAGCUUGCACAGACUGAUUACAUGCUCGAUCAUAAAAUGUAUGUAAGAAAAUGGCAGCCUUAAUAUGAUGAUGGGCAUGACCUUUUUUUUUUUUUAAGAUUUUU